AUGGAAAGCCCCAUUAUCACAGCCUGCUGGGCGUCGUUCAUGCUACCCAAAAAAUACGAAGAUGAAUUUGAGGUGAUGCACUUACUGUUCGAUCCUUCUGCCGAUGCCGAAAGGACACUUCAGCGGGGUGUUUGCGUCUUCGAGUCGCAGCGAUGCACCUUUGUCGAGGAAUCCGGAACUCCCUUUCUUGCCCGGCUUCCUUUCCACGUUGAAGCUGCAUGGCCUCUAAAGUCGGGCGUUCUUUUGGAGCGUCGGCUUACCUCAACAGAAAGAACCGGUUCAUCUUUUCAGGCUUCAGUAAAAUCGGGAGCUUCAUUGCCAUUUUGGAGUCCCUUUAACAGUCCCUGUGUUACUUCGCUGUCGAAGGAAUCGCCUCUGGAUUUGCCGUCAACUUUUACAUUGUUUCUUAUGACACAUCCGCUUGAUGAGAUGACUCCUGUUCUCCUCAAAGUGCCCGCAGGAUCUUCUGACUGUCAACCCAGACUAGGGUUUGCUAAUGAUGUGAAUCAGCGGAUCGUGGGCACCAUUGAGGCCCUAUCACUCGUCAUCACCUUCAAUUCAAAAAAUCGAAAAUAUUCAAUCUGGCAAAUAGGAAAAGCAAUCAAAGAGGCAAGUCUAAAGCAAAUAGUCUCACAUGAUUACGCUCAUUUAUAUUCGGUUGGAGAGGACGGACGUAUAACAGUCGCACCCAAGGCCCUGACAGACGAUCCUGGCAUAAGCAUACCUGUUUGCAACGCUGGCGUCGUGCAAACUCCUUCCGCUGUCCCCCUGAAGUCUGACCGACCUUCUUUCUUCACCCCAGCUGGCAGUACUGUGGGCGAAACUUUCUCAGGCACUCCCUCCGGCUGUCGGCCAUUCUUCGCCUCACCGGCACCCUAUCUCAGCCCAUUUCGGGCUUCGUUGCAGCGUCUAAAAGCGGCG